AGUGCGGCGCGGUGGCGCGAGCGAACGCGUGCUCCUCACUCUUUGAAACAUUUCCGCACGGACGAGUUUCGACGAUAACCGAAUUUUCCGCGUUCUUUUCUUUUUUUAAAGUUUGAGAACCAUCGUUCGCUUCUUUUUUGUAUUGUAGUAUUUCGUUGGAUACUUUCAUAGCGGAUUCAUAAUUUAUUUUAUUGUUUAUUAUUGUGUAAAAAAUUAUUUUCUUUUAAAAAUGAAGCUGUUCAUCCUAAAGAUAUAUUUAGUUACAAAUUGCUUGCGCGACGUUUUAAAAUCUGUCAAAUAUUUUUUUUAAAAAGUGAAUAUUACAUAAACUUUAAAAGUUCGAAUGAAACUCUCGCAUAAGUACUGCAACACUUGAUGUGUUGAGAUGGCAUCGCUAAUCAUCGUUUGGGCCGUGCUGGCGUUGCCGUUGGCAACGGGCCAUCUCAACGUUCUCAUCAGUCAAGCCGAAGUAAUGAAGCUCUUAGGCUUAGACGCUGAGUUGUACUACGUUCGAGAAGGAGUCGUGAACACUUACGCUACGAGUUUCAUUGUGCCCGUUCCGGCACAUAUCGCCGACUUGGAAUUUAUGUGGCAAGCCCUUGGACGAACACCGCUUCCGUACGUGAUGGCUAUAGAGUAUGAGGCUAGAGGCGCCAUGUUGCCGCCACAGGUCAAUAUCUCUGAACGGGGAUAUGUGCCCACAACUCUACAGACUUUUCGGAUUCGUUUGCCGUGUACCGGGACGAGAAGUGCAGAAAACCUAGUCACAAUUCAACUGAACAUAUCGGUUCCCGACCGCGCCCACAACGACAUCCGAUUGACCUUCAAAAGGAACAAGAUCUGCUUAAAAGGCUUGGCGACAAUAGUGACCCACAAUGAGUCGGCACGUUUAGCCGGUGACGCUUCCCGUGGUCCGAGCGGAGUUCUAUUCGCGGCGGGGGGCUGUGCGGCCGCAGCAUUAGCGCUGCUCGCUGCCGCCGCCGCAGCCGGAACCCUGUACAAGCGGGGCAGCAAGCAAAGGCACCACGACUCGAUACACAGUACGUCGUACACCACAGCGGCCUACGGGAGUCAUCAAAACGUUCUCCUUAGAUUGGAUACGCUUGGUCGCCCGCCAAGUUCGACUGGAUCCUACGCCACGAUAGCUAGUUUACACAAAUUUCCGUUUGGGAGUAGAAGAUCACCAUCGCCGUACGCAACAACGCAGAUAGGUGAACAUGUGUAUGCGAAGCCGGAUUCUCGCGUUUCGUACUACGCUGCGUCCAAUCUAACUCACGUAUCUCAGCAAACCGUUACAAAAGACCGCGUCACUGAUCCAGCAGAACAACUUCGUGUUCUUACUACUUCUCGUUCGAACAUACGCUUGGAGAUUCUCAUCCACGAAGGUACUUUCGGAAGAAUCUAUAAAGGGGUAUUCAAAAAAGGCGAUGUUUACGAAGAAGUUAUGGUGAAGACUGUUUCAGAUGCAGCGUCAGCUAUGCAAGCUGCUCUACUUGUGGCAGAGGGAUUAAGGUUAUACGGACUUGUUCAUGCAAACGUCCUAACACCAAUGGCUGCAUGUGCUGAAGAAGCGAGGAAACCACUUUUGAUUUAUUGCUGUCCUUCGCAUUCUUCUAAUCUAAAAAGGUUUUUGUCAUCAUGCCGUUUGGGUCAGCAGUCAGCUCCAGCAACUAGAGAACUGGUAGAUUUAGGAGCACAGGUUGCUUGUGGAUUAUCUUAUCUACAUGUUCAACGAUUUGUUCACGCUGAUGUCGCUGCCAGAAAUUGUGUGGUGGACGAAAAAUUAAGACUGAAAGUAACGGAUAAUGGUUUAGCUAGAGACCUAUUUCCUGAUGAUUACCAUUGUCUUGGAGAUAACGAGAAUAGGCCUGUUAAAUGGAUGGCUCCGGAAACGUUACUUCAAAAUCAAUAUUCUACUGCUUCGGAUGUAUGGUCGUUAGGAAUAACCUUAUGGGAACUGGCAACUCUGGGUUCCUCUCCAUUGGCUGAACUUGAUGCUGCUGACGUUGGAGCAUUUUUAAACGGAGGCUAUAGACCAUCACAACCUCACAACUGUCCGGAUGAAUUGUAUGGACUUAUGUCUUGGUGUUGGACGACUCCGCCUUCAACACGACCAACUGCUCCUCAACUGCUAGCUGCACUUCACGACUUCAGGCAAGCGUUAAGCACUUAUAUAUAAAAUUGUAAUCUUCUUAAUAUGUCUCUUCAUUCUAUAUUACAUUUCAAUAAUAUAAAUAUUAACGGUAAAAUGUUCAUUAUGAACAAUAUUUAAGCUAUGAUAAGAUCUCGUCACUUUUCUUAAAUUUACAAUUAAAUUGAGUAAUCUGAAUCUAAAAUCACUUCUUUCCUAACUUCCUUAUUGUUUAUUUCUUUCUUAUUUCUGAUUAAGCCAUUGUGCCUCCUGGUCAACGACAAGACACCAAAGUCAAAAGUUUGUUUUUAGAUUUUUAAUUUAAUAUGAAUUUAGUUUUGUAUAGAGUAAUAAAAGUGACUAUUAAAAUUAAAUUAAUUAUGAUAACAUUUACAGUUGAUAAGGUAAAAUAAAAUGAAUAGGUAGAUAUUAUUCUUGUAGUAUUUUAAUAAUUUAUUGUCGUGAUUAGGUUUACAUUUUCGAUGAUUAUCAUUGAUAUCAAUAUAAUUGGUCAUUUCAUAGUAAUGACUAAAAUUAUACUACUACGAAGCAUUGUAUUUAUGUUAUGGCUGUUAUAAACAUUGAAUAAUUUAUAACUUACUCAUUAUGUAUCAAUUUAAUUUCAGAAAUAAAAGAGAUAAUCCGAACGCAAUGUACAUACAAAAUGUUAAAUUUCAAAAGAAUGAUUAUUAUUCCAAAUAAGAUUUAUUGAUGAAUAUUUCCAUUUCCGUGCAUUUGUGUCCAAAAUCGUGAAUAAUAUCUUGAAUAAAUAAAUUUUAUUUAAAAAAAUUAGUUAUUUGUUUGGACUGAACAAUUAGAGCCUAAUAAGAGAUUUAGGUUACAGAUGAAUUGUAUUUUUACGAAUAAAAUAUUUUACCUGUAAAUACAGAAAUAAGGCCGAUGCGAAAGGAAUUUGAGAUUCAAAUAGAAAUGGUAAGUAUAUGAAUAAAUACAUACAUAUUAUUAUUAAAUGUAGAUAAUUUUGAAGCACACUGUUUUGCAGUGGAUAAUAUUCAAUGUUUAUUUCGAAUUAAGAGUAUUUAACGAAGACUCACAGUUAUUAAAACUUAUUCAUAUAUAUUUUGUAAUGUAUUGUACUUAUUAAUUAUAACUAAAUAAAUAUUUAUUAAAUUUAAUCAAAUAAGCUUUUCGUUUAAUUUUAAAAUAAAAUAUGCGUGUCAAAGUUACCUUUAAAUAAAAUUAUAUCGUCUAGGUAUGCCUAUGAAUUUACUUAAAUAUUAAAUUAUAGCUCUAAGUUUAGAAUAUAUUUCCUGAGGACAUAAAGUCCGUCCAGGCCGGCUGAAGGAUUAACACCAAAACAGUAGUUUAGUCAUGAUCUAUAUCAAAUAGGCUUUGAAGAAUUUGUAUAUAAGCUUGAUGGAAGUUAGACGUUGAGUUUUUGUUUUCCGUUUACUAAUUAUUAUCAAUAAUAAUUUAUGAACAUUUUAAUGAUUCUGUGAUUAAUUCCGUGCAAUACUUUAAUCUGUUAUUCAAUUAUUUGCUUACUCACAAGAUAUUUACGACCUUAUUGGUAUGAUAUUUAUUUUUACAUUUGAAUUUAUACCAAAACUAGACGUAAGAAUGUUGACUCCCUAUACAAAUUCCUUAAAGUCCUAAUUUAAAAGCAAAUAGGUAUAUGCGAAAAAUUAAAUGUCUAUUAAAUAACAAUUAUUCAUUAGUUUAGUAGUUAGAUCCCAGUGUGAUUAGUACAUGUUUUAUUUUUUCGUUAAAAAUGUAACACUAAGUAGGAAAUUUGGCCAAUAUGGUAUAUCUUUAGUGAUGAGAUAGAUAAUAUUUUAUUAGGUUAUGCUGAAUUAAUUGAAACCCUAAUUUCUAGAAUGUGCGCUUACUUACCCUGUUUCUAGAUCCUUCAAGUAGUAGUUAUUUGUUUUAAUAAAAAAAAAUAUUACAUGCUAUGUAAUUUGUAAAGCGUAAUGGAUCAAACAGGGUGUUUCUAGCUAGGCAUUAUAAUGCAUAAUUCGAAAGAAUUUUGAUUCAAUACUUUGCACCUUUUCGAAUCAGCUUAAAGUGUUAAUUGAAUUUUUGUAGUUCUUUUUGUUUUUAAACUGAAUACAUUUAAUUCUCAUCGACAAGAUCCAUUCGUUCAAAGAAAAUUUAGAAUUUUAUGUCUAUUCACCCAAUUAAUUAUGAGGUAGAGAUUAAGUCGUAUAUAAAAUGAUAAUACUGGUAUACUAAUUAACUUUGAAUUAAGUACUUAUAAAUGCACUUCAAUAUAUUAUAAGAUUUCGCGAAAAUUGUCUAUGUUUUGUUUAAUAUAAGGUACGGAAUUUUGUAGUAAGUUACAAUGUUAUUGUGACGUUGAGUGCCAGACGAAUGUGAUUGUAUAUUUAAUGUUUAGACGUGUGUAAAACAUUUUGGUAAAUGUACGUAAGUAAUUGUUUUAUUUUUAAAUGGAUGUAUGUAAAUGAUAUUGCUUCAAUAACAUUUUAAGAAAAAAAAAAUACUAUAAAAUUAUUUUACAAA